AAAUUGGAGCUGGACUAUCAAUGUUUGCACUAUAUGAGUCCAUUGACUCAAAAAUAAUACAUUCUUGCCAAUUUUACCAAGAGAGGAUGUUUAUGCAAAAAAAAUAUGUGUAAUUACCACCCAAACUUUGUGUACCACAAUAACGUCAAGUACAAGUACAACAACAGGGAAGUAAACUGGACAAAAUCGUACAUACGAACUAAAACUAAUGUAAUAACAACGUGCAUAACAAAGUAGCGGAAGUGCUUAUCUAACAACCUUCACCAGCAGUUUGACCAUUCAAGAAAAAAAUUUAAAAAUUUCGAAUUCAAAAAUACAAACUAAAAUCUUACUAAUAGUUGGAUUAGCUGGAUAAUGAUAUUGCAAAAUGUGUCUGCUUGCUGACUGACUAAAUGAUGCACAAGUAAGUUGUGCUUGUUUGCACGAUCUGAGUGAUUGAUUGGUCACUCCCACAGGCACACCAAGGUCAACUUUCACAAUUGCUUGCUUGCUCCUGCUGACAUCUGAUAUUGCAUCAUUAAGACAAAGACAGUCCUCCUUCAGCAGUCUCAUUCUCUCGCCAGAUCUCGAGCCGUGCACACCUCAUCACUGCUCUCUCCCAAUUUUUCCAAGAAAAAUACAAAGACAUCAAUAGACAUUUUCAAUUACGAAGUUAAUAAUCAUCACCAAUCAAAUCAUCAAUUGUUUAGUAGUGCUGGAUUCUAAAAAUCGAAAUGGAUUUCAAUAAAAUUGCCGACUGGGUGGACAAAGCUGAACCAAGUUUACCUGUGGAUGUUGAAGAGGUGGGAACUACUUCGACGGUAGAAGAGGACUCGUCAGCAGCUGUUCUAUCAGACCCGUCCAGACCAUCGUCGUCUUCUUCUUGUUCAUCCGAACAUCGUGAGGCCAUCGUUUUACCCCUCGACGUCGACGAACCCACAACGCCCCCCGCAACCACUGAAGCACUAAUGGAGACGGAACAAAUGAUGAAACAAGCGCAAGAAGAGUUGGAACGCAUCAUGAUCCACCAAGAAGCCGAAGAAGAAUGGACACGACUGCAAUUCGGAUUCAGCAAAGUUCGUGAUCGAGGCGGAUUCGUAAAUCCUAGCGACAGACCAAAAACGAUGUCCGACUUGGUCCUCACUGGAAGAUAUUAUGCCGCUCUGAUGGGAUACGUCGACACACCGGGGGAAUUUUAUCUCAAUCCCUGUGAAACCUGGAAUACUUUGGAGAAAUUGAUGGCUGACAUGCAGAAGGAAUUUGCAGACAUUCAAGAGGUCAACAGGAGAGAGAAAACGUCGAUCAGCAUUCCAUGGAAGGGUCAUCUCGUUCCCGGCUUCAUCGGUGCGGUUCUCUUCAACGGAGAGUUUCAUCGAGCAAAGAUUAUCUCAAUUUUGCCUGAUGAAAAAUUCAAAGUACAACUUUUCGACUAUGGGGAUAUUCGUUCCGUAUCGAUCAAUGACAUUCGAUAUCUUCGACGCCACCUGCUCUACAAGCUGCCAGCUCAAGCCAUUCGCUGCAAAGUUCGAUAUCGCAAUUUGGAUGCCGACCAGCCCUGGAAGAAGGAAGAAGGAGAUCUUCUAAGGAAGUUAAGCAACAACAAACCACAUGUCGUGCACUUCAAGCUACCUUUCCUGAUUGAUGGGGAACAAGCAUGGGAGGUCUACCUUCACCUGUUUGACCAGAAGACUGACAGAAUUGGUCAAUUUCACAUUGAGCGUCAAGUCUUGUUUCAGCAUCAAAGAGUCCUCAACCAACGGGACAGAAACCAGACGGACUCAGAUAAGAAUGUCGUGCUUGCGAAUUUCUCCAAUCUCUUGCAUUAUGAUGUCGACGAUUCUCAAUUUUGCCCAAAACUCUCUGUAUAUAUGUAAUUAACCUGCAUGAAGUUCUAUUCUACUCGCAAUUAUUUCCCAUCGACGACUCUUGAUUCUGCUUAGCUUUGACUUUAUCUUUUUAUGUACAAGCUUCCUACAAGCUUCCAAUAUGUAUCAUUCAGUGAUAUUAAUGAAUUUACAUUACCUGUGUAGCAAUAAUGCAACAAUUGUUAAAUGUUAGAAAAAUACAAAUGAAACUAAUUCAUGCUUUACAUAUGAACGAUUGGGAUUAUAGUCGAGUAGCAAACUCGACUACGCUUUAAAGCUUUAAUUUUUAUUAUUAAGCUUUAAAUUUAAGUCGAUUAACAAGAAAUUAAUUUUCAUGUCUGUCGUCCAUACGAUUCUGACGUACAGUGCAAGUAAACGGACGGACUGAGGAGGGGAGCUUGCGAGGUUGAUAAUAACAGAUCCUGAUGCCCUUUGGAUAUGUGGUAGGGUCCU